GCAUCCGCUGGGUGUCUCUCGUGAGUGAACUCGUGAGCGCUGUUUAUAUGAGCGCGCACGGCCAGAGAAACAGCAGCAGCAGGAUGGCGAGCAAGGACACAACACAGAUUUCCCCACGUCCAACGCGAACAAAAUUACAAUGCGUUGGACUUCUGCGCCUUUUAUUUAUUGCAUUUAUUCACGUGGCACAGGCGGACAAACAAGCUUUCAUACAGUCAGACAACAUCCUGGAGGUACUACACUUUGGGGAAGGAGGCCUCUUGCAGACAGAGUCUGAUAUUGAUCUUAGCUCAUAUCGUCAAAAAAGUGUGUCCUCUCAGCGGGGGAACAGCAGACCCAUACGCUUUGAGCCUCCAAUGCUGGACUUUCAUGAACAGCCAGUUGGAAUGCCAAAAAUGGAAAAAGUUUACUUACACAAUCCAAGUUCAGAAGAAAUAAGUUUAAUAUCAAUAUCAGCAACAACAUCACAUUUUCAUGCAUCCUUUUUUCAGAAUAGGAUAAUUCCACCUGGAGGCAACACCUCAUUUGAUGUGGUGUUUCUAGCUCGAGUAGUAGGGAAUGUAGAAAAUACCUUAUUUAUUAACACAUCGCAUCAUGGAGUGUUUACAUACCAGGUGUUUGGUGUGGGCAUCCCCAAUCCCUACAGACUCAGGCCCUUUGUAGGGGCCAGAGUUCCAGUAAAUAGCAGCUUCUCUCCACUCAUAAGCAUCUUCAACCCUCACAGUGAACCACUGCAGGUUGUAGAGAUGUACACCAGUGGAGGAGACCUACAUUUAGAGCUGCCUACUGGACAGCAGGGUGGCACCAAAAGAUUAUGGGAGAUCGCUCCAUUCGAGACAAAGGGUGUGAUGAGAGCUAGCUUCUCCUCUCGAGACGCUGACAACCACACAGCCUUCAUCAGAAUUAAAACAAAUGCGUCCAAUGAGGACGAGUUUAUCAUCCUCCCUGUAGAGGUUGAAGUCACCACAGCACCUGGUAUAUACUCCUCCACAGAGAUGCUAGACUUUGGUACACUUCGAUCGCAAGAUCGACCAAAACAACUGAAUUUGCAUCUGUUAAAUUCAGGAGCAAAAGAUGUAUCCAUCAUGAGUGUUAGGCCAACUCCGUCGAAUGAAGCGGUCACAGUGGAUUUCAAGCAAAUUACACUAAAAGCUGGAGAGAGCCGAUAUACCAAAGUUGCGAGUAUUAGUUUUGAUGGUAAGAUUUCUCUGUCCUUACAGUUGGAGAUAAAGUCAUGGUUGGUGACAGGAGACAGUCUGUCAAUGGAGUUGCUUAACACAGAAAGAGGGAACCGAAAUAUAGCACUGAGCAGAACACAAGAGCUCCAGAAGACAUCAGCCGCCCAAUACAAAACCGUCAUUUUAGCCUCCGGCUACUACGCAGCAUUUAAAGUCACUUUAGUAGCUAAAGCUCUAGAGGGAGUUUAUGAUGGAGCAGUACAUAUUACAACAGACUAUGAGAUAUUAACCAUCCCUGUAAAGGCUCUCAUAGCGGUAGGAACAUUAAGCUGUUCACCCAAACAAAUCAUUCUUAACCCUUCAUUCCCGGGAAAAGUUGUUCACCAAGGAUUCAGUAUCCAGAGUUCAUUCUCACAGAAAGUAAGGCUUCAGCAAAUUCGCUCUCUCACAGAGGACGUCCGCUUUUACUUCAAACGACUUCGCAAUAACAAAGUGGAGUUGGAACCCAGACGAAAGUCCAAGAUAGCAAACAUUUAUUUUGAUGCCAGCUUGCAGUGUGGUGAUCACUGUUAUGUGGGAUUACCGUUUGUAUUGAAAUCGGAGUCCAGGCCCCAUGGUUUGGUUAUGCAGGAGGACAUAUGGGACGCUGAUGUAGAUCUACAUCAGCGGCUCCUGAAAAGAUGGCGAGAGCUCAAAGAGCAUUCAGGCCUUGAGGUUGAAGCUUUCUUCGAAGUGAACACAGAUCUGCAGAAGAAUGUGCAGGCCAAAAUCUUAGCGCAGCUCACAUGGCCCUUGCUGGUUAACUCAUCACAACAGAUUUAUUUUCCUCUCACAAACACCAACAGCUCAUCGGAAGAGGAAGUGAUUCUAGAAAACCCAGCUGAUGUCCCAGUCUACAUUCAGGUUCUUCCUGUGGCUCUUUACCCAAAUCCCACCGUGUUCACAGGCAGAUUUGCCGACAGGUUUCCUUUAGGAAGGUUGUCUAACAUCAACAUUGACACAAAUACACUGGAAUUCCAGGUCCAUAAAAAUCAUUCUUCAGGGAUGAAGAGUUUCACAGGAUUUGUUGAAGGCUUAACUCGGCCCUAUGUAUACAACAUGCUCCUUAUGCCUGGUGAGAUAAAGUCCUUCAACGUGAGGUUCAGACCCAUCACUGAUCACAGUGUCUCUUCUCUGCUAGUCGUCAGGAACAACUUGACAGUAGUAGACUUGAUCGUGGUUCAUGGUCAAGGCACCACAGAGAGUCUGAGACUGGCUGGUAAAGCCCCAGGUCUCGGCAGCUCUCUGAGGUUUAAGCAUACAGAGGCAUUUCUCAAAGACUGUUCAGAAGCUAAAGCCAAGGAACCGAACUUCACUCUUCGAAGGACUUUCAGGCUGGAGAACACGGGGCUUCUCCCAAUUCACAUUCGGUCUAUGGAGAUCAGUGGCAGUGCAUGUGAGGGUUAUGGCUUCAAAGUUCUCAACUGUGAAGAAUUUGCACUCAAACCAAACACUUCAAAAGACCUCGUCAUACUGUUUACACCAGAUUUCACAUCAUCCAGAGUGAUCCGGGAGCUGAAGUUGGUGACUGCGGGGGGUUCAGUGUUUGCUUUUGUGCUGAAUGCAUCAUUGCCAUAUCACAUGCUGGCAGUGUGUGCUGAGACCCUUCCGCGACCCAACUGGGAGCUUGAGCUCUACAUCAUCGUCUCCCUCAUUAUGAGCUCCAUGUUCCUGCUGGUCAUUGCUACAGCCUAUCUGGAGGCCCAGGGAAUAUGGGAGCCUUUCAAACGACGGAUGUCUGUGGAAUCCAAUUCUCCCAUGGAGACUGGAAAACCAUUUGAUCUCAGGGAAAUUGUACGAAUUCAAAGUGAUGCUAACUUGAAUGAUUUUGCCGACUCAAACCAGAACUCAACAAGAGGAAUGUACGGGUCAAGCGGUGGCGGGCGGGCUGGGGGUCGACAGGGUGGUCCGCACUCCAGUUCCAACAGCAGCGGUGUUCUGCCAGACAGCAAGCCCAGAUCUGGUUCAGGCCGCUCUGGAUCUAUGCAACACUCCUCCAGCUUUCCACUCACUAAAGAUAGUGGCCAAGGACUGAGUCAGCUAACUAAUCGAAGAGCCCGGAGUUCCAAACAGCAGCAGCAGAGCUCAGGCCUCCUGGAGGACCUCCCGAGCUCAGGACCUUCACAGUCCAACAGCACAAGGGCCAACAGUACAGAGGAACAGGAUUACAGCCGACUUGUGGCAGCUAUGGAUAAAGACCUCGACAGGCCUGAGUCUCCUGCCAUUAAUGUGUCUUCACAACACAAUUCACAGCAGUCUUCACAAAACAAAGUGCUUGAAUCAAAAGGGAAAGUGAAGAAUAAAACAAAAGCUCUUAAAAAGAAAGAGGAGAAAGAGAGGAAAUCAAAGGGAAAGACUCAAGGAGAAGAUUUAAAAGAGCCACUGGCAGACAAUGAUGACAGCUCUUCUACUACCACAGAGACCUCUAACCCUGACGUGGAGGCCAAUAUUAAAGAGGAGCCAGUGAAAGUGAAAGGAAAAUCAGUGUCAGUGGACAGUGGAAAAGAAAGAGAAGAAAUUACUCCCUCCCCUACUAAACCAAAAACUAAGAAACAACCAACCACAAAGAAGGAGAACCAAGUGGAAAAAUCCAGCUCUCUAGAACUCCCUUACGUCACUCCCCUGGAAAAACAGGAUAAGCAGCGCAAGACCUUCACCAAAACCCUUGCCAAUACAGGAAUUCACAGUGUCCCCAAACUACGAGCUCUGAGCAAAAUCAGUGGGAAGAUGAGUGAUGACCGGCCAUCUCCACUUGGAAAGUUUGUAGUCAAUGGCUCCAUGCAGGAACUGGGUCAUAGCAGCGGAUCAGAAGGAGAGAAAGAGUCCCCGCCACCAGAAUGGGAUGAUCCUUUCAACAAAACUGGCAGCCCAGCCGACAGUCUUCAGCAGAUAUCUAUGCAGACCAUGCAUGCAGACCCCUUCCUGAAAGGCCCCAGUUCAGUAAUGCCCAGAACCUGUUCACCACCCCCGACCUCCCCUAGCCUGGUGCCUUGUGGAAGCUAUGGCAGUGUGCCCCACACCAGCAGCGAGGCUAAUUUAAAGAAGGCUCCAGGGAAUAAGCUCACCAAGUCGGCCUCUCUGCCUGGUCAAAAUGGAAAUCCAACUUUUGCAGCUGUAGCUGCUGGCUAUGACAAAAGCCCUGGUGGCAGUGGCUCAGCUAGUAAAGCUGACAGUCUGGGGAAGGUACCACUGUCUCACAUGACAUCAGUGGAGAGUGACGGAUCUGACAGCUCUGGACUGUGGAACCCGAUAGACACCACCAGCCCCCCCAGUUUUGGACCGGUUAAUGCUUUCUCUGCUUUUGGACCCAACAACCCACUUAAUCUUUCUGGAGUUUUCAGAGGCAUGACUGUUCCCAAGAGUUCAGAGCCCCAGCAGAGUUGGCCUGACUACACUCCAGUUUCCCCAUCCAUCUGGGAUACUGAGCCUAGUAAUUCCUGGGCUACCAGCACUGGAUCUCCAGCAACUCCAACAACUUCCAUUUUGGGGAGUGCGCACAGUCCCUGGUCCUUCAGCAGGUCCAUCUGGUCCACUGGCAACGACUCCACCCUGCACUCCUUCAACCCUCCUACUUCCUCCGCUGUCCCUGACUUGGGCAGCCACACUGCACCCCCCACACCUGCCCCCAACGACAUAGGCCGCACCUACAACCCCUGGAGCAUGGGGUGGUCUCCCUCACUCAAUCGCUGGAAUUCAGAGCCCUGGCCUAACAGCCCCGAUAACAACGGCAUCUGAGACGGAACAGCCCCACUGAGCAACAGAAAAUGCAGUGGUUUCUAAUCUUAUUUUAUUUUUCCUGGUUGAACAGUAUGUUGUACGCCAACAUCAUUUUAAUGAUUGGGAAAAAUCUUGAAUUGUAAUGGUACAAAUGACCACUGGAAACCCAGUGUUGCAUUUACAAGUCCCCCUCAAAAUUCAGUCCUAUUUAUUUUAGUGGGGUAUGAUAAAAAUGCCUUAAGUUCCAUUUUAACUGACAAAGUGAACGACAGAUUGAAGACAUUGGCUUAAAGCUAUUGCCCUUGUAGGGGUGUUUUUCUUUACGAUUUUAGAGAUUCCCUGUUUUGAGUAAUACCGCAUUGUAAUUAAAGUAUAUGGUCCAGUAUUACUGUGUUAAAAUGCAAGAUGCAGUGUUACUCAACCUUAAAAUAAGCACUUUGCUUAAAACCCCACUCCUACAAUGCUGUCAUUUUGGUUUAAGAUGAUUUCAUUCAUUUUAGAGCAUUUUCUGACCACACUUGUUGGUUGAUUUAAUGUUCGGAAAGAUACAAGUGGUUGCUAAGACUACAAUUACCACAUUGAUUUGAAACGCAUUCAGGAUUUAGAUUUUAUUUUUAUUUUAUUUUAAUUGCCCUCUGCUUAAAGUGAAAAGCUUCAUUUGAUGAAAUUGGCUUUUAAUUUGAGGGAGCUUAAAGAACCUGAAAUGUGUUCUGUGCAUCAUUCAUUUGUCACUUCAAGAGUGAACGUUUGGUCACACUGGUUGAAAUAAACAUAUCAGGCUGGAA